ACACAUUCAUGUGUGAACACGUUGCCAAGUUCUCAUGCAAACAUUCUUUUCUUGCCCUUCAAGCAAGACACACAGGCAGGUUUCAUUUUUAACUAGUCACGAUGCCAGAGAGCGAAAGACCUCAACACACUUGGAUACCUCGAGUAAUAAGGUGUAUCUAUGGGAUUUUUCUCAUCAUGUUUAUUGUUCAGGGGAUUGUCGGAUGUGUGUACUUUAAUGACUGUCCAAGGGCGCCCUCCAUUCCCGUCUUUAUGGUUAUUUGUGGAUUCAUACCUGUCUUGUGGGGAUUGAGCUGGUGUAAGAACAGCUGCAGUAUUUUCUGCGACUGUCUGUUCCUCUACCUCUAUUUUUCCUGGUUUAUCAUCGGUAGCAUAAUCAUCUACUCCAUCUAUGAACCCGACUACAACAAGAACGCUACAGACACCGACCACUACUGCAACAAGACGCUCUACCUGUCUGCAUUUUGUUGCAUCACCCUGACCUACAUCCUGACAGUGGAGGUCUGAAGAAGACUAUGAGUCCUGCUUGGUCCCUGUUAUGACCUUUACUCUUCCUGAUGUUUCUGAAAUGAUGUCUCUCUCAGUGCGUCAACAGAACACCUGGCACAGGACAGCUGCAAUGAAAGGGAGGAAUUUUCUCCAAACAUCUGGGCCAAGGAAGCUCAGCUUGGUCCUGAUGGUCUCCUUCACAAGUUUUUCCCCCAGGGUGAAUGUAGCUGUUGAUAAUAAUGUGGACUGUUAUUAAAGGGUACAUGAAACGCUUAACACAUACAGGCUAAUUUACAUCACAGAGCUCUGCUCUGAAAUACUGACCUAGAUGGGACUCUGUCUGUGAAGUUGGAUUUAAGAAAUAAGUGCUUAAAGUUAAAGAUUUAAAACAUACUUAGUGCCAUCUUCUGUCAGUAUGGACUGUGAUGUCAUGUGGUUGGGGCUAUAGAAUAACAUUAGUUUAUUUUAGCUGACUAGUGGCAGAAUCGAUAACUCAGAGGAACAUAAAGACACUGAAGCUAAAAAAUCUGUUAAAGGGGAUCACUUUUGUGCUGUCAAGGCCUAAGAAACCAAGGUAAUACUGUCCACUAUCACUAUCAGUCUCUUUAACAGUAAGUGGCUAUUUCCUGUUUGGCUAGAUGCACUCAAACAGGAAAUCCAGCUGUUAGCUGUAAUGUUUGGACUUAUUUGUAAAACACUAUAAAUAAAAACGAAGGAGAGCGACUUUCACACAUCAGGUGACGGCCUGGUGAAGCCAACAGAACCGCAUCAUAUACAAAAAAGCUAAGAUGAGAUUCUUAUUUUGCCCAAGUGGAUAUGAACAGAAUCGGUGACAAUGAGCAGCCCUGGCCGAGUCCAAAACCCAGCAGAAAACGAGUCCAAAUUGUUGACGGCUAUAUGGACCAAGCACCCCAUAUAGUUAAAGCACUCCCUCCAGUUCCUCUUCUUGAACAUGGGAACGACCAUCCUGUCUGCCAAUCCAGAGGUACCACCUCUGAUCUCCACACAACAUUGCAGAGGUGUGUCAACCAAGACAGCCCUACAACUUCCAGAGCUUUCAAGAACUCGUGGCAAACC